UCGUUGAUAUUUUUAAUCUGACCACAGAACCUGUUAGCAAUGUUUCCUCUUAGGCUCGCAAGAAGCUAAAAACCACAAGCUUUUACAGACACCAUGUCAGAGCUGUGCUUUAGAGGGGUCUUUUACUCAUGACAUGUCCAGCCUUGGCUCGAAGGCACUGCUAGCGGAUACAGGUCUUCUAACAUGGACCAAAAAGAGGUUCUGAGCAGAUUCCUGGAAGCGGUGCGAAGCAAAGAGGCCGACUCUAGCGAGGUCUUUGCUAAUGAGUUCACAAGACUAAAAAGGCAGUCGACCAAAUACAAAACUGAAAAACCCUCAAAAGAAGCAGAGAAACAGGAAAAUGGCAAGAAAAACAGAUACAAAGAUAUAGUGCCAUUUGAUCACAGCAGGGUGAAGCUGUCGUUGAUAACAUCGGACACAGAUUCUGACUUCAUCAAUGCAAGUUUCAUCAAGGGAGCAUACGGGCAAAAGGCAUACAUUGCCACUCAGGGGCCCCUGCCGAACACUGUCUUAGAUUUCUGGAGGAUGAUCUGGGAAUACAAUGUGCAAGUUAUUGUAAUGGCCUGCAGGGAGUUUGAAAUGGGAAGGAAAAAAUGUGAGCGUUACUGGGCAGCCCCGGAAGAGGAGACGUUUAAGUGUGGCGUUUUCUCCAUUUCAUGCGAAUCUGAGGAAAAUAAAGGCGAUUAUGUUGUUAGGAUACUUAAAGCAACCUUAUUUAAUGAAUGUCGUGCAAUUUAUCAACUCCACUAUGUUAACUGGCCAGACCAUGGAGUCCCCACCUCCAUAGACCCAAUGCUGGAGAUGAUCUGGGAAAUGCGUUCCUAUCAGGAACACGAUGACGUCCCACUCUGUAUCCACUGCAGUGCUGGCUGUGGCAGGACCGGAGUGAUAUGUGCCAUUGACUACACCUGGAAGCUGCUAAACAACGGGAUUAUCCCCGAGAACUUCAGUGUCUUCGAUUUGGUUCAGGAAAUGAGAACACAAAGGCCGUCCCUUGUCCAAACCAAGGAGCAGUACGAACUUGUUUACACUUCAGUAAAGCACUUGUUCCAGAACCAUUUAGAGAACAUGGGCAGAGAUUGCAAAUUGCACGUGACUGAGAGUCUAUCUACACCUUUGGAUAUCUCAUCUGAAAGUGAGACAACAGCAAGCCAAGAAUCUAAUAUUGUGGAACCAGUGCAAGUUUACAGAUAUUCAGAUGAGGAAAGGCCAGAGAAAACUCUUAAUCAUUGUUUUGAUCUUGCACAAGAAAUUGCACCAUUGACUUCCUCUGCAUACCAGGCCAACACUCAGCCACAGAGCACCCGGCACAGCUUCAGCCCCGUGAGGCACACAGACUCUUACGACCCUGAUGCAGAUAUAAGGUGCAGCAGCGCAGGCUUGUCUGAAAUUAGAAGGCGGCAGCACCUUUCUAUGUUUAUCCACAACAAUAGCUGGGGGAUAGAUCAGGAGAAUGUCCUCAGCUUAGACUCAGACAGGACAGAGGACAGUUACCUGUCUUCAGGAUUAACAAACCCUAGAGAUGGGCCUGGUGGUAAGAUACCAGUAUGCAGGGUGAAAUCAAAUCCUUUUACUCAGGGCUAUCCAGGGGAGGAAUGUGGCCAGGGAAUGAUGGGAGCCUUGUGGGACCUUCGCCAGGAACACACAUCACGUUCCUUGAAUAACCUGGACCAGUACAGAGGGGUGCUGGACGGGCUGGAGGAUCUCAGCUUCACUCGCCCUUACUGGGAACUAGCUCCAGCAAACAAAGAGCACUGGAGUGAACCUGCGGAUCCCUCUCCCUUUCAUCCUGCUUCUCAGGACCAUGCUGGCUUCUGUUAUACUGUGGAGGAUCCUUACUUCUCUGCAGAUAUUAUUGAUUCCCUUGAUGGAUCUCAGGAUGUCCUCGGGGGGUCUAGUGGAAACGCUAGUGAAUGGGGGGAGGGAGCCCUUGACCACUGGACCAAGAUCCCUAGUUACAACACCUCUUCAUCUCGAGGUCUUCUUAAAUGGACUUCUUAUACACAAACAAGACAUGAAUACCCUGACUCAGAUUCCUUUUUAGCCGCUUCAGAUAACCACGCUGGUGAAGAAACUCCACCACCCCUGCCAGAGAGAACUCCAGAGUCCUUUGUGUUGCCCAGCCAGUGUGAGCCUGCCUCUGCUGCCCAGCUUCCUGUUCCUAUACGCACAGAGGAGUUUAUUGAGGUUCCCAGGGACAAUGACUCUCACACUCCUCCACUCCGUGAAAGAACUCUGAAGUCAUUUGUGCUCACCAGCAAAGAGAGUUUUCUGAGCCCAGCCCCCCAGCCCCAGCCUUCCACAGACACGUUAAGAGUGGGAAUGUCUUCGGAAUGGUGCGGGAAUCCUCAACCAAAGACCUUUUUAGAACCAGAGAAAUCAAUGAGCAGAAGCAAGAGUUUAAAAUUUAGAACUUCAAACCUGGAGUCUCCGCCUCCAUCCACUCCCCCUCUACCUGAAAGAACACCAGAGUCAUUUGUGCUGGCCAGUUUUCUGAGCCCAGCCCCCCAGCCCCAGCCUUCCACAGACACGUUAAGAGUGGGAAUGUCUUCGGAAUGGUGCGGGAAUCCUCAACCAAAGACCUUUUUAGAACCAGAUAAAUCAAUGAGCAGAAGCAAGAGUUUAAAAUUUAGAACUUCAAACCUGGAGUCUCCGCCUCCAUCCACUCCCCCUCUACCUGAAAGAACACCAGAGUCAUUUGUGCUGGCCAGUUCUCUGAGCCCAGCCCUCCAGCCCCAGCCUUCCACAGACACAUUAAGAGUGGGAAUGUCUUCGGAAUGGUGCGGGAAUCCUCAACCAAAGACCUUUUUAGAACCAGAGAAAUCAAUGAGCAGAAGCAAGAGUUUAAAAAUGAAAUGUUCAAAACUGGUGCCCCUUUCUGUUGCCCCUGUACCUACCCCUCUCAGCACAGCAUCUGAAUGGGUUCUCAGAGGGAAUGGUGAACAACUACCUGGAGCUAACAGACCCCCCGACUCAGCCAUGGUGCCAGUCCAGCCAGAUGAGAAAUCUGGUUCAAAACUGUCACUGUCUGGCUUCGCAAGGUCUAAGAGCAUGAAGUUUCUAAAAAAUGUGAAAAAGACAAAGAAUGCAACUUCAGCAGCAAAUGCAGUCGAAUCUGCUCCCUCAAACCACACAAGCUCCAGGUUUAGCUUGGGGUUUGGCAGUCGUUUUUCCAAACCUAAAGGACCAAGGAAUCUCCCUGGAAGCUGGGUCUGAAGUAAUAGGUGGGUUGCUGUAACAGAGGUGGAAUCACUGGAAGAGACCAUGGUGUGUGUGCCAUCUGAGAAAACACAAGACUUGCUUCACAUUAUCUUGGAAGUCCGCUGAUGGAAUUUAAAAAGUGACAACCAUUACUGAACACACAUUUGCUCACAGGAAUACAGUAUUUAGUUUAAUGAGGACCGUUUUGUAAGGUUGUCAUAUCUAGAUUUUAUUCUUCAACACACUCUGUGGCCAGUGUUCAAAUGGAAUGUUUCUAUCUGCUCCAUAAAUCCAGGAGCAGAUAGAAACAUUCCAAUACAAUUAUUUAUUCCAGCAAUUUUUUUGCAAAACUCCAAAAAUGCUAAUUCAAAAGUAUUCAUACCCUGACAAUGAUAAUUAAAUUAAUAGCUAGUUGAGGCACCUUUAGCAAUAAUAACCUCUUUUAAAUGAUUAGGAUAUUUGUCAAUGAGCUUUUGGCAUGAUUCUUUAGUGAUUUUUGACCAUUCUUCAACGCAAAAUUGUUCCAGUUCAUUCAAAUUCCGAGGACUUCUCUUGUGCACAGCCUUCUUCAGCUCAUACCAAAGAUUCUCAAUCAGAUUUAGAUUGGGACUUUGACUAGGCCAUUCCAGAACCUUGAUUUUAUUCUUCUUUCACCAUUCUGAAGUAGAAGCAACUAAUGCUGUAUCAUCCAUGGAUUAAUCACCUUCCGCAUGCAGCAGUGUGGAGUAGUGGUUAGGGUUCUGAAGUCUGGACUGGAGGGUUGUGGGUUCAAUCCCAGGUGGGGGACACUGCUGCUGUACCCUUGAGUAAGGUACUUUACCUAGAUUGCUCUAAUAAAAACCCAAGUGUAUAAAUGGGUGAUUGUAUGUACAAAUAAUGUGAUAUCUUGAAACAAUUGUAAAUCGCUCUGGAUAAGGGUGUCUGCUAAGAAACAAAUAAUAACAAUGCAAGUGGCACAGCAUCCAGAUGAAGCAAAAGCCUUGUAAUCUGUACCAGCUGGGAUUCACACAGGAUAAUUUUAGUCCACUAGGAUAUAGGCAUCUCAGUUAUUUAAAUGGUAACUUAAUGCAACAUUCCGUGUUGAAAUGAAACGGUGCAAACUGCUUCUUUCUAUCUAUCCUUUCCAAACUAAAACUAUCCUGAAGUGCACAUGUGUGUGCUGCAGUAAAUGUGCAAUGACCCUAUCCAGCCAGCAGGUGCCCUGCAUUGACACACAUGUAUCUUAUUUAACUGUACUAACAAGCAAUUUACAGACAUUGCUUUUUAGUUUGUGCUGCAAUGCUUUUCAACUUUAACAGUGUGAUAUUACUUCCUCUAAAUGGAUCAACCUGGCUCAAUGGAACUACAACUUGAGAGUACUGGCAUCCAAGUGAGGGUAAACUCAGUGCAUCUUAGAUUUUUAAUGUCUUUAAGUUUAUUAUUAUUUCAGCCUUUCCUAAUUUCCAAAGCAAUGUAAGGAAUGAAUGUACCUGUUUAUUAUUAUUUCAUCCUUUCCUAAUUUCCAAAGCACUGAGUUCAGUGUAAGGAAUGGACCUGUGUAGUAUGUGUUGUUACAUAUGCAUUCCACUGCCAUCAAGGACUAUCACAUUGUAAUUGCUUGUUUAAAUGGUAUUUUUGUAAACUUGUGUCCAAAGAAUUAAACCAGCGCUUUGGGUCUGCA